GAGAAAAACUUCAUUAUCAGUGGUAGCGUGCAUUCUCCACUGGUCGCACACAUAGACGGAGGGGAGGGGGGGUCACCAAGAUUACACUUCUCCUUUGCCCUCUGUGUCACUCUCAGGGUUGUUGAGAGUCAAUUUUAAGGGCCCUGAGUCUAGAAGAAGAUCCUGGCUCCCAGGUCUCUGGAUUGUGCCAGCUGGUAGGAUGGAUGGGUAUACCCUUAUCACGACACAUCCAGAAGAGCUUGUUCCCUAUGAGCCAGAGGUGUACCGGCCACCCCCUGAAUAUUACCAAUAUCUCAGUGACAGUGAAAGCCAUGCUUCUCUCUUAGAACAUUACUGGGAGUACACCCCCCAUUUACAUGGAGAUCUCGAUGGGUUUCCAGAUUCCCAGCUCACAGAACUGCAAAGUGUACAACCCCCACAGCUGCAGCAGUUGUACCGACACAUGGAGAUAGAACAAAUGCACGUCCUGGAACCUGGGAUGACCGCGCCACAUCCACACUUACCACUGACGCAUCAGGUGUCAUAUGUCCCUCGCGUCUGUGUACCAUACACAUCUCCUGCACCACCCAGCUCAGAGGAAGAUGACCAUGAAAGACGAAGCCCCCCAUUGGAGGUGUCAGAUGGAGAGAUGGAUCCUCGAGACUCUGCUUAUGGGAUGCUUCUUGGAGAAUCAGGAAAUAAGAAGAAAAUUCGACUAUAUCAAUUCCUGUUAGAGCUAUUGCACAGUGGAGACAUGAAAGAAAGCAUUUGGUGGGUUGAUAAAGACAAAGGAACCUUCCAGUUUUCCUCUAAGCACAAAGAAGCCCUUGCUCACCGAUGGGGUAUUCAAAAAGGCAAUCGCAAGAAGAUGACCUACCAAAAGAUGGCCAGGGCAUUGCGCAACUAUGGCAAAACUGGAGAAGUGAGAAAGGUCAAGAAAAAGUUGACAUAUCAGUUCAGUGGAGAGGUUCUGCACAAAAUGUACAAUUCGAGGAAGCACUACCAUCACUGAGAUUCAUACAUCGACUCCAUCCACAGUAUGAAUAUGCUUUUACCCAAUCCUUUGGUACGAAAGACUUUAUAUAAAAGAACAACAUUCCAUUGUAAAUAUUAAUAUUAUAGUAAUUAUUUUUUUUUAUUUGCCUGGUGUGUGGUUUAGUAAUAAGCAGCAUAUUACUAUACCAAAGAAGGGGGAGUAAAAGAUUAGGGGAAGGUGACAACCUUCAGAACAGGUCCAGAUUUCAGCAUUAUUUCAAAAAUAUUAUCCUAUACAAUAUUUCACCUGAGAAACCUUACAUGUGGAAUCUUCUUUUUUUUUUUAUCAGUGUUAAUAAAAUAUUUCUGAUUGUGACAGCUUAAGACUGGUAUACUUGUACAAAAUGACUUUAUUAAAAUGUUAA